CCGUAAAGUUCUCAUGUUGUCGCUGGGUUUGCUGUUUAAAAGUGUUUUCACGAGAUUUCAGGACCUUUGAGAUUUUGAUUUUCUUUACUUUGACCUUUUGACAAGUGAGUGACGUAAAAGUACGAGGUGAAACAAGGCCAGGCCGCGUGGCGCAACUAAACUCCACUCAUCGCCAUGGCCGAAGCUGAGGGGUCGAGUUUACGCUAUCGGGGACCAAAUUCUAACAACGGAGCGCUAAAAACCCACCAUUUCAACGCUAACCAGAAUGCGCUUAGAGCUCAGGAACUUCGCCGACGAACAGAGAAACUUCGUGAAGAGGUUUUGGAGCAGAUCGACGGUCAAUUAAACGAUUUAUUCGAUGGUGUGUUGCGAGAUCUGGAGUCGUCUGACGAGGAUCUAAAUGCUGAUCGAUUUCUAGAUAAAAGUAAUGGAAAUAAAGUGUUCAAAGCAAGAAAUUCUAUGCUAACGGAUCUACUACAAGUCAGUCAUGUCCAGACUAUCUACAAUAUCUUUGUUGCAUUGCUUGCAGUUUUUGUUUUGAAUACUGUCAUCUAUGACUUCAUCGACACUGGACGAUUGAGCUUGGACUUUUCCAUUAUGUUUUGGGCUUUUGGCAAAGUGUCUACCGUCAUCAACGUCUGGCUAGUUAUGCUGAUUAUGUCACUUCUGAUAUUUCCCCUGUUUCGUUUUUGGCACAGUUCACAGUCCACUUGGUACCACUUGCCCAACAUUGUGUGGCUUGUGGGCUACAUUGGCUAUAUUGUUGUGUUCUGUGUGUUUCCUAUCCAGGAGGUUUAUACACAUGACCUCCCCCCUGUCUCAUCAAUAAUCAUUUUAACAGAACAGAUUCGUCUUAUUCUCAAAGUUCAUGCAUUUGUUCGGUCUAAUGUGCCUAAAGUGUUAUGUUCUGUAACAAGUCAGACAUCAGGCAGUGUUGCAAGUCAGAGCUCAGACACCAGUGAAAAUGAGAAUGAGAUACCUGAGUUUGGCCAAUAUUUGUACUUUUUGUUCUGUCCCACCCUGGUGUAUCGAGACCAUUACCCAAUGACGCCUUGUAUUCGCUGGGACUAUGUUGUCUCCAACUUUUUCCAAGUGGCAAUGUGCAUCCUGUACACAUAUUAUGUGUUUGCGAGAUUCUGUGUGCCAGUCUUCAGAAACACAGGCAAAGAGGCAGGGAACUUCAAGAACCUAAUUUUAUCAGCGUUUAGCUGUAUGCUUCCUGGUACUAUGGUUCUUGUUCUUGGUUUCUUUGCCAUUCUACACUCCUGGCUCAAUGCCUUUGCCGAGAUGACAAGAUUUGCAGACAGAAUGUUUUACAAGGAUUGGUGGAACGCACCUUCUUAUGCUGAUUGGUACCGCACCUGGAAUGUCGUUGUCCACGACUGGCUCUACACAUACAUCUACAAAGAUCUAGUGCAGCUGACGAAUAAUCGUAAUCUCUCCACUGUCGCUGUAUUCGUCGUCUCUGCCAUUGCACAUGAGUACGUGCUGAUGUUUGCCUUCCGGUUUUUCUUCCCGAUCCUCUUCACCAUGUUUGGGGGUGUUGGACUGUCCUUCGUCUUCCUGAAGCCGAGCAAGCACAACAAGCACUCUCAGUGGUGGAACAUCUUCAUGUGGAUCACCCUCUUCCUUGGCAAUGGCCUGCUCAUGUGUCUUUACAGCCAGGAGUGGUACGCAACCCAAAACUGCCCCAGGAAAAACCAAGACUUGAUCUCGAUGCUUACUCCCCGGUCAUGGAGCAGUGAGUGUAUAGGAAAAAGCUGAAUCUACACCUACCGUGUCAAGUGAUCACUUAAUAUUUAAUUCGAUAAAUAAUUGAUGAUACGUUAAAGAGUUCAUAUAAAACCAAUUCGCUAAAGAAACAGCCCAAUAUAUUGAGUAGGUACAUUUCUAAAGGACCUUCGCUUGUGCUAGUACUGUACGCAAGACGCAUUUUUUUUUUAGCGUAUAUAAUUUUGUAAAACGACACUCGACACAUUAACCGUCAUAGAAGGGGGAUAAAUAAUUUUCUAAAUAAUAAAUAAUUUGCCCGUUUAAACACUGAUAACGUGAAAGUAAUAAUUUCCGGCGUUAUCCUCGAGGCUAUUCUCAAUCCAGUGAUGCUGUUUUUGUCUGAAGCCUAGCAGCUAAAUCCUGCGCAAAUAGCGUCAACCUUUUCUGGCGAGACGCUGGUCAAGCAAUGUUGGCGCUUUAGCACCAUGUUAGGAGGUGCUGAGACGUUUCCUUUGUCUUGUGGGCAGCGAGUGUAGUGAUGCCAGGAAUGUUGGCGCUGUUUGCACGGGUUUAUUAACUUUAAAAUUUCUAAUCGUAAGAAGAUAUCUUACUGUUGUGUAAAGCUGCGAAAGAUACACGACACAAAUCCAUAUUUUAAAAUUGUUCGCUCCGUGGCAGUCCGGCGUGUUCGUCGUUCAUCAAUAGAGCAAUGUUCUGUUAAAAUUAUAAUCUCGACGUUAGAAUUUGGUAUGAUGCAAUAAAAAAAGGUCAAUUUA